UUCUUGACUGUCCGCAACAAUGGCAGGGAAAAGCGUUUCUCCUCGCUAGUGAUUGCGCAGCAGAGUAGGGAGGGGAGAUUAUCUCGGUUCUGCUAGCUUUCGGAAGCAGCAAUACUUUACACUGCGUGCCUGUAUCAACACGGUUAUUAAAUUUGCCUGCGUAGAUGUCUUACCGCAGUUUUUGUACUUUCUUCUCGGGACAUGGGACCGGAGUCGGGCUACUGGAGUGACGUAUCAGUGAUUGUUUCUGCGGGCAGCGGGCAGAUGUAGAGCGUGCGGGUUGUAGUUUGCUAUUUUCUGUUUUGCCUUGUUUAGCAUGACCCAAGACUAGCGAACCUGAUGGUAAGCUUGUCUUAAGACCUGCUGAUACUAGGAGGAAAAUGUACCCUCAAAAGUGCUUUUUUUUACUGAAAUUAAGCUAAGUUUUUUUUCUCAAAAGUCGUGGUGAUACCACCGUUCACGCUGAGACAACUCGCCCGCAGUGCCUAACGGAAGAGAUUUUUAAACUAUAUAUUUUUUAAUCAGCACACGGAUAUAUAGAUAUCUAGCAGGUUAAGUUUUUUUCAUUUUUUUUAUCGAUGACUCUCGACCACCUGAAACACUCCGCAAUCCUUUCAACUUUGUUUAAAAUGGCAGACGACAAUGAUUUGAUAGGAGCCUCCGAGUUUAUAAGAGAUCGACUGUAUUUUGCAACGCUAAGAAGCAAGCCAAAGAGCACAGCAAACACGCACUACUUCAGCACGGAUGACGAGUUUGUGUACGAGAACUUCUAUGCAGACUUUGGACCCCUCAACUUAGCCAUGCUUUAUAGAUAUUGCUGCAAACUCAACAAGAAGCUGAAGUCUUUCACACUGACGAGGAAGAGGAUUGUCCACUACACCAGCUUCGACCAGCGCAGGAGGGCCAACGCUGCAGUUCUCAUCGGUGCCUAUGCUGUAAUUUAUUUAAAGAAAACGCCGGAGGAGGCUUACAGGGCUCUGAUCUCUGGCUCCAAUGCCUCAUAUCUCCCCUUCAGGGAUGCCUCUUUUGGGAACUGCACAUUCAAUCUGACCAUCCUCGACUGCUUACAAGGAGUCAAGAGGGCUCUACAGCACGGGUUCUUCCAGUUUGAGACCUUCGACGUUAAUGAGUACGAGCACUACGAGAGGGUGGAAAAUGGCGACUUUAACUGGAUCCUCCCGGAGAAGUUCCUGGCGUUCAGCGGCCCCCACCCCAAGAGUAAAGUAGAGAACGGCUACCCUCUCCACGCUCCAGAGGCCUACUUUCCCUACUUCCGCAAGCACAACGUAACCACGGUGAUCCGGCUGAACAAGAAGAUCUACGACGCCAAGCGCUUCACGGACGCUGGCUUGGACCACUACGACCUCUUCUUCGUGGAUGGCUCCACCCCCAGUGAUAUCAUCAUGCGCCGCUUCCUGCACAUCUGUGAGAGCACUGACGGUGCUGUGGCCGUACACUGCAAAGCUGGUCUGGGUCGUACAGGCACUCUGAUUGGCUGUUACCUGAUGAAACACUAUCGCUUCACGGCAGCGGAAUCCAUCGCCUGGAUACGCAUCUGUCGGCCCGGCUCCAUCAUCGGACCUCAGCAGCACUUCCUGGAGGAAAAGCAGGCCCUCUUGUGGCAGCAAGGGGAGUUGCAGCGCGCAGAGCACCAGCAGAGGGUGCUGGAGGACCGGGGCAUGGGCCACCUCAUCUCCAGCCUUGACGACAUGAGCCUGCGCAGCUCCAUCUUCAAGUCCCACAGCGCCAACCGCAUGGAGGAGAAUGACUCUGAGGAGAAUGGCUUCUGUAUGACUCAAGGAGACAAACUUCGUGCCUUAAAGGGGCGUCGCCAGCCCAGAUCAGCAACCACAGGAGCCCUUAGGCUUGAGGACAUGAAACUGCACACCAGGUCACCAUCCCAGCCUUUCAGCAGGAUGAACCCUGUGGGAGGUGUUCAGGGCCCCGCAUCUCCUCUGAAGGCCUCGAAGGUGUCGUCCUCCUCAGCCUCGGCCAAGAGGAUCAGCCGCACCUCCCUCUCCUCCAGCACCAAUAUCAAGAGUUCCAUAAGCUGCAGGUUAGCAAGUUCCCUCGGCAACCUGCGUGAAGGCUCUGAGGACAGACCAGCCCAAUGUGGCGCCCAUGCCGUCUCUUCCAGCUCCUCCUCCUCCCCGCCUCCCUCCCGCAGUGCCUUCCUUAGCUACGGCUCCGCUAACGCCACACGCAAUUACAACUACGAGAUCAACAACAACAAUCAGUACAACUCCGCCUCCAACCCCCCCUCUCCUGCUCAGGCCACACCCAUCACCAGCAAGAGCUCCUCCUCCUCCCAGCCCCCCUCCCCUGGCCGGCUGGCCCCCCCUGAGCAGCGAGGUUCAGGGUUCACCGGGUUGGGGGUCUCCGCAGGCCGCUACCUCAGCCGAUCGAUCCCCUCCCUUCAGUCUGAAUAUGUUCAGUACUAAAGCUGCCACCCUAAGCUGAGCGCGGACACACACACACACACACACACACACACACACACACACACCGACUGACCUGUGGACCCAGGACAUACCCACCAACCAGUGGAUUCACACAUGGACUGCUAUGAAGAAUCCAAAUCCAAAUGGCUACUCAAUGCUGACCUGAACCUGGACUCUGACGUUUGCCCCCCCCCCCCCCACCACACACACACACACACACACACACACACACACACACACACACACACACUUAUGCUCUUUCUUUUGCAGACACACAGGAACAGGACCCUUUUUCAAUCACCCUCUCUUCUGUCACUUUUACUAUAAGAUAAUGAAUAUAACCUCAAAACACACACACACCUGGAGCUAAUGGUCGGGGACUAUGAGGAGAGGGGGGAUGCGGAGUGCCCCCCCACCCACUCUGGUUUUCUGUGGAGUGUGGUGAUCAAGCACACGCUUCUCUUACGGAGAGGACAUUUGUCAUUUUUCAAAGGGAUUUUCUAAGACUUUAUCUGCACUCUGCUAAUACACUUCCUCCAUUUGCUUGGCAUCAUGUUGCUAGUCAUGUUUGUGUAAAUGCUUUAUUUUUUUGUCAUUGGAAUGAUGUGUUUGUUAUAACAUUGUGUGUGUGUGUGUGUGUG